AGUUAGUUAGGGUCGGUGGUUUCUAAUCGUAAACCAUUGAAGGAGGCUGAUAAGAGUAAAACAACUUCCCUCCAAGUCUCUUGACCACUCUCUCCUAAAUAGUCCGCUCAGUCCACUGCGCUGCAAGUUUGUGUAUUACAAAUUAAGCGCCAAACACAGCUCCAAACAAAGCAUGAAGUCCCAACUUGCACCUGCAUACCGCCAUCCAGUUAAAUUCAGGAUGCCAACUGCAGAUAAUCUGGUUCCAAUUCGAUUGGACAUUGAAAUUGAUAGUCAGCGUUAUAAAGAUGCCUUUACUUGGAACCCUUCAGACCCCGAUUCAGAGGUGGCAGUGUUUGCCAAAAAGACAGUAAAGGACUUGAAGCUUCCUACUGGAUUUAUCACUCAGAUUGCUCAAUCCAUUCAAUCACAGCUGACUGAAUUUCGGUCAUAUGAAGGCCAAGAUAUGAUUGUUGGUGAGAAGAUUGUCCCCAUCAAGCUAGAUCUUCGAAUAAAUCAGACUCUUAUCAGGGACCAGUUCUUGUGGGACUUGAACAAUACAGAGAGUGAUCCUGAGGACUUUGCCAAGACAUUCUGUGCUGAUAUGGGUAUUGAAGAUCCUGAAGUUGGACCUGCCAUUGCUUUUGCCAUAAGGGAGCAACUUUAUGAGAUUGCUGUGCAAAAUGUAACCUCGGCAAAGGAGAUAAAAUUAAACAAGAAGGGUCGUCGUGGAAUUGAGUACAUACCUGUUAGUAAAGCUGGUGUCACUGCAGUGGAUUUGGCCAAGUUGUUUGGCAGCAAAUCAAGUGUCAUUCGGAAAAGGAAAGAUUGGGAUGUGUUUGAACCGAUUGUUGAUAUCCUCUCAAAUGAGGAAGUAGAGGCACUUGAAGCGAAAGAAGAUAGGACCGCUCGUUGAGAAGAUACGUCUUUGUAAUUUUGGAUGAUUAGGGUUUCUUCAUAUCGUUCCUUUGCGACCGUCUGAAAAUAACUACUAGCAUUUGUAAUAACUUUUUGGUUUAUUAGGUGACAUGAAUUGCUGGUAAUAUGUGUUGGGUAAUAUUUAGUUUGGUAUUGGUAUUGGUAUUGGUAUUGGUAUUGGUAUCGGUAUCGGUGUCGUUCUUGUUCUUGUUCUUGUUUUUAUUAGCAGUGAGGAUUAUCGACUUCUUGUUGUAGUACUUGUUUUCCCUGAAUGUGAUCGUAUUAGUUACAUAA